AUGCCCAUUCAAGCUCUUUCCCAGAAUACAAUUCGCCUAUUAGGCUCUCCAUUGGUUGUCACUUCCCCGGUGUCGCUUGUUAAGGAGCUGCUCGAGAACUCCAUUGACGCUGGAGCUACUUCCGUUGAAAUCUUGAUUUCGCCAAACACUGUCGACAAGAUUGAAGUCAGGGACAAUGGAGAGGGCAUCUGCUCUGAUGAUUAUGAUACCCUGGGUCGCCGAGGCCACACAAGCAAGCUCAGCUCAUUUGAGGACUUGCGAACGAUAGGUGGUAAAUCUUACGGCUUCAGGGGCGAGGCAUUAGCCGGUGCCAAUGCACUAGGCACUGUUGCCAUCACUACGAGGACUUCUCGGGAUCGGUUGGCAACCACUCUUCACCUCGUCCCCGGCGACGGCGGUAUCGCGAAGCAGCAAUCUGCGUCUGCCCCAGUUGGAACAACAGUAAGCGUUGCUGCUUUAUUCGCUCGACUGCCCGUCAGAGAACAGCUCGCAAUGAAGGAGAGACAGAAGGCGAUCAUGAAAAUCAAGGAACUGUUGCCUUCGUAUGCUCUUGCGCGACCAAAUCUCCGGAUUUCAUUUAAGGUGCUGAAAAUGGACAGGAUGGGCUGGUCAUAUGCUCCCCGCCCGCAAGCCCGUGUCCAGGAAGCAGUACUCCAAAUUUUCGGCUCGGGAUUGGCGUCACAAUAUGUAUUUGUGACCAAUUCACUGCCUAUCGAAAGCUCAGGGAGUGAGGACGGUAGUAUCAUUGGCGAUCUUGAGCUGCGAGCCUUCUUACCCAAGCCGAAAGCGGACCCUUCCAAACUGUCCAAGGGAGCGUACAUCUCUGUUGACUCGAGGCCCGUGAAUCCUACCAGGGGCACCAUGAGGAAACUUGUAUCCGCUUUCAAGACGCAUUUAUCAACAGCUAUGGGAGAUAUUGAUAGCACAAAGCCAGUGAGAGACUCCUUCAUGCAGCUCGACAUUCUGUGUCCUACUGGCUGGUACGAUCCGAAUGUUGAGCCGUCCAAAGACGAUGUCAUUUUCAGUGACGAGCGCAAACUUCUAGACGCGUUUAAUAGUCUAUGCGCCCAAGUAUACACACACAGGUUCUUCUACGAGACACUCAUUGGCUCCAGCAAGAAUUACUCCUCCCCCGGUGGACACAACCACGAAGACGUCACCCGGAUCCUCAGCACCCCCGCGACAUUUGAAUCUCCGUUUAGAGGACCUUCGAGUGACUAA